AUGAGACCGUUUUCGACACGAGGCUCUGCGUGCACUCGUGCCACACGAUAUAUAUGUCCAAAGCGGUUCUAUAAUCUACAACCUCGACGGCCGUUUUCAGAUAAAAAGGGCCCAGGCGACCCUCUCCGAAUCCUCUUCUGCGGCUCCGAUGCUUUCAGCACGACUUCUUUAAGAGCUUUACAUGAAUACUCCCAGACGCCCGAGAGCAACAUCCUCUCCAUCGAUGUCGUGACAAAGACAGACAAACGGACUGGCCGUGGUCUGAAAACCCUCACGGCCCCAGUCAUCAAGCCCGCGGCACUCGAAUUGGGUCUCCCAUUGCAUCAGAUCGACACGUUUACAGGGUGGAAUCCGCCCGAGUACCGUACACACGGCAUCCCGUCUAUCAAUCUGGUGGUGGCCGUGUCGUUUGGUCUGCUCAUCCCUCCGAGGAUCUUGAACAAUGCAAAGUAUUCCGGUCUCAAUGUCCACCCUUCACUACUUCCGGACCUACGCGGAGCGGCCCCUAUCCAGUGGACCAUCAUCUAUGGCCGCACCACGACCGGCGUCUCUCUGCAAACCCUGCAUCCUCGCAAAUUCGACGAAGGGGUCAUCCUAGAUCAGACCCCGGCGCCGGGCUUGAGGAUCCCCAAUCCAGACAUCAUCGAUGUCACGGAAUUGACACAUCUACUUGCACCGGUGGGAGCGAAAAUGCUAGUCGAUGCCGUUAGGAAUCGCCUCUACAUUCCUCCUUACACCCCUGUCCAGCAGCAUUCGGGAAAGCCGGCGCAUGUCUCAUACGCCCCUAAGAUCACGCCGCAGAUGUGCGCUGUCGAUUUCAACACUCUCACCGCAGAAGACAUACUUCGACGGGGCAGAGCAAUCAAACCAUUGUACGCACUGGCGGAACGGCAGUCAGAGCCUGGCUGCUUGACCAGGAUCAAUUUCGGAACAGAUAUGAGAGCUCCUAGCGUCGAAGACGUCCCGGAAGGAAUGAGAGCAGAAACUGAGUCUAUCCCAAAUGGUCUUCCCUAUGCAAUCAUUGAUAUGCACGAAACGGUGGAUCAAAGCUCAAAGCCAUUGCUGGUCAACACCCUCUCUAGCGAGAAGCACCGGGAUCAUCGGGUGGUCUUUCCAAGGAUCACUGUUUCCUCAUUCAAAAGGGGGUAUGGAGCCGCGGCAGCGGCUCGUGCAGGCCUCUUCACCGAACCACUCAUCUAUGGAAAGUACAAAUUGUACCGGUUCUCGCAACCACUGUCUGUGCAGCCCGCAUCAGGGGAGACGAAGCCAGCUGUUGGACUGGCUCAACCACAUAUCCAACGCGCCAAACUAUGA